AUGGAUCCGAGGUCUGGACCGCCGGUUCAAAGCCAGGAGAGUUUGAACCAAUCCCGUGAAGAAGAAGGCGAGGAGACACGUGCCAACAUCCGUGAUAUCCUCCAGGACCAAUGGAGGGAUGUCUUAUUCAGUGGUUGGUAUGCGGAUCGGAUUUUGUGGAAAGAAGACCGUGGCCUUUAUCGGGAUCGACUCGUGAUCGAUGCCUGCGAAACGACCGUGAUUCGCCAUGCCAAAAGCCUGUAUCGCAAACUCCGCAGACGCAUUCCCGAGGGACAAGUCUGCGGAAUGGCCAAAACGGACGAUGGCUCUGUGGCUUUAUUUGUCGAUUGGCCCCGGGGACAACACGCUUUGGGUCAUUACUGGUUCCUCAUCCAAGCUGCCACGUUCAGUCCGGAGUUGGGCGUGGAUUGGCGCAUCAAAGUGAUUCGGUCCGUAUUGGCCAGUGACCAAGGCGGUGCUAGUCCGUGUCCACAUUGCGGGAAAUGGCCUGUCCCAGGCUCUGGGUCAGCCCAUCUCGACCAGCCUUGGUCUACGGCAGAAAUCUACCGACAAUUUUCAAGUCACAUAAACUUAGCUUUUCGACCGGGUGAAUGGGUGGAAGAGACCCGGCCUUAUCUCUCCCUGAACAGUUUAGUCAACGGUCUCAAAUUUGUGAUGGUCUUUCUUAUGGCCUUGACCACAGGUUUGAUCAACUUUCUACCCCAAUUAGCUCGCUACUUGCAUGAUUUAAUUCUAGCCUGUUCGCAAUUGCUAAAACAGGCCACACCAUUUCUGCUGGGUUGCCUCGAUAUGGUCAGCAAAAUAGUGGGCGGAUUUUACUUAUUGGUGGCCAUGAUUUGGCGGGAUGCCCGCCAACCAGACAACCAAAGACCUAUUCCACCGCCCAGGGCCUUGAAUGGACCGGGUGGACCCGUUAGGCGGCCAUUGAUACCUCCAUCGAGUUUCGAAAGGGCCGCCAGGGUUCGCCCGAACCCUCGAUUUUCUGAUGUUUCGUGAUGCGUGAUAGUUUGAAUACUUAUAAAUUGAAAAUAGAAAAUGUUUUUGAAUCAUGA